AUGUUGUCAGGUGUAAACUCCCAGAUAAUUGUAAAGACCGGCAAUGUCGGAGAUUCAUCUACUAUUUACUGUGACCUUCUAAACGCCCAGUGGUACAAAAAUGGAACAAAACUAGACGAAACACUCAAAGUGAAACCAACUGAUUCAUCCUUGCACAUAUUCUGUCUGGAAUUGUCAGACAAUGGUAUUUAUGAAUGCAGAAAUGAAAGCAAUGCGCAUCUGCCGAGGAACUAUAACCUCACUGUAAAAAAUCCAGGUUCGUAAUUGUAUAUAUUUAUACUUUUCAUGCAGUAGUAGUGAUCACAAUGACAAAUAAAACCCUCGCUGAGUUCGAGGAUAUAGUUGAUGAAGGAUUGCUGUCAAAAAAUAUGGAGAAGAUCCAGCAGUCUCACAUUCUAGUCGACUGAAAUGAUUGUGCAUGAUGAGUGGAUUGCAGGCGCGUGAUGAGAGGAUGUCCUCCAACACCCCGCUUCAGAUGCUUCGCUACGUCCCUGACGGUUGUAUUUCGAAACCGAUUUCAGUUUUAAGAUAUCCUUGGUCUGCUCUUCCAAAUGGAUACACGAAAUCACCUAUAACUUAUUUUUAAUUUUUUGGCGCCAGGUUUGUGACGUAAUUAACCAGCCAAAAAGUAGCAGUUCCAAAAACAAAAAAAAGUACGAUUUGUAAGAAUGAUAUGUUCUAUGUUCAUGGGAUAUUUAGUACAAAUGGGAUGAAAAUUAAAGAAAUUGAAGCAUGCUCGCACUUUUGCAUGCAUUUUUGACUGGCAUGCAAAGAAAUUUGCAACAGAUGCCAGAAGCUAGAUUACGUUGGGUGGGGGCGAGGUUCUCUAAGGUUCCAGCACAUUAACCUGAUCCAGGAAAUCCCGCCCACUAUACAUGAACGUGUUCCAGACUCCCGACUGCGUUGAAUGUUGGACAACAACCUGUUGAUAAUUUCGCCCCUAGAGCCAAUCUAAAACGGUUUUUUAAAGACGGUGCCAUUUCAUUUGGCGAUAUAGUGAGACGAAAGAAGCAGCAAGUCGGUAUUUUUGUUGAAAAGAAGCAUGUGCUUUAGUACAUCAGACAUCUUGAGGAACUGCAAAUUGUAUCUACGAGGGAAUUCCGGAUUGUACCUCCUUUGAUUCCGAAUUCGGGGGGAGGACAUUGAAAAUUUUAAAAACUUGGGGGGGGGGUCGAAAAUUUACCAAUACCUCAACAAGGGCCCUGUAAAAAUAUGAGCUUCUUUCAAGACAUCUUCAUCCCUGCCCCUUACCCACUUUCCCUUACCCGCUUCGUAACUAGUAUAUAUAACAAAUCCCUCAUUUGUAUUUUAACCUUGUAAUUGCAGUUCAUUAAGCUAUCAUUAGUUUUUACUUUAAGAAAUAUUUUAUCGUUUUAUUCCAAAUCAUUUUUAUUUUUAUUUGCAUCUGGGUUUUUUACUAGAUAGCAGAGAAUUCUUUCACAUUUACAACAAAGAUAAAAAUAAAUGUUUGAGCAGACUUUCUUCAACACCAUUACAUGUGGAAGAUUGUAAUUUGCAAUCUUGCCGACAAAAAUGGAUGUGGACUGCUGAUGCGCAGCUCGUGAACGUGAACACCUUGCAGCACCGUGAGUGUAUUUCAACAGAUCAACCGGCCGAGUCAAGCGCACUUCAUCUUCAAAGUUGUUCUCAAAACUCGCUAAGAUGGGAAUGUAAUAAUACUUUGGUAAAAUUGAAAGAUUAUGAUUUGUAUUUAAAUGCGAACGAAAAAAAUGACGUCAAGUUAUUUUCAUAUACUGGACCCUGGAGUCAUUGGGUGAAAAAUACUACUGGGGAUAACAUCUGUUCUGUUAACAGGAAAGGUAAGUCUAUCGAGUAUUCAUCAAGUGUCUCAGUGAUAAGGUAUAUACUUUUAUUAAGCGACACCAAUGGUGGCUUGUCAGCGUAGGUCGAGGUCUUGAAACCGUCAACAUUGAAAAACAUAUCAGGUUAGAUGUCUGCUGCAUGAUUUAAUUUUUCACCAGAGCUAAAACCAUGAAUACCUAGUGAAUUGAGUAUGCAAAACCUGGGGAUCCGGUGUUUGUAGCACAGCAUAAUGUGGCAUAACAUAGCAUAGCAUAGCAUAGCAUAGCAAACCGUAAACCUCCGAAUAUAAGAGCCUCGUGGAUAUAAGCCCCCUCCGUGUAUACGCCCACGGGCUAAUUAUUGGACAGGUAUUUAUUUAUGCUGGCAAACACACAGACGCACAUAGAUACUGAGACGCAUACAUACAGGCACGCACACAGAGAAGCACAGAGAUACUGAGACACACACACAUGCAGACGCAACAGAGACACAGAGAUACUGAGACGCAUUCACAAACAAACGCCGAUGAAAACAUAACCUCUUGAGCCAGUCUUGGCGGAGAUAACAAUAAUUCACCGAAUCACCGACACUGAGGUGAAUAAUUGUUUUAGCAUAUAUACCACAACAAAACAAUAUUUUUAAAACAAUUUGUACUUCAGCUCCCGUUUAGUACAAAAAUUUGCUCGUCUGUAUAAACCGAGAACGAAACGGGAAGCCAUUUUGUUUUUGUCCCGAGGUGAAUAGUGCAAGGAUAUCCGGAGCUGAACAACCAAUCAAAUUGCGUGAAAAGAAAUGUCCACUCCGCGAGUAUACGCUAAUACAGGAUAUAUACUAUAUGUCAUUUAAGAAUUAAUUAAAAGUAUUAAAAGCAUUUACUAUCGUAUAAAAGAGUUGUCAUGCAGGUGUGUUGUACAUAAGGAAAGUCGGUGUGGGUGAUUCCCUGAUGUUUUAAGUACAGUGCUCCAUUUAGGUUACAACAUAGAAAACAUAAAGAAAGUCAGUGUGGGUGAUUCCCUGAUGUUUUAAGUACAGUGCUCCAUUUAGGUUACAACAUAGAAAACAUAAAGAAAGUCAGUGUGGGUGAUUCCCUGAUGUUUUAAGUACAGUGCUCCAUUUAGGUUGCAACAUAGAAAACAUAAAGAAAGUCAGUGUGGGUGAUUCCCUGAUGUUUUAAGUACAGUGCUCCAUUUAGGUUGCAACAUAGAAAACAUAAAGAAAGUCAGUGUGGGUGAUUCCCUGAUGUUUUAAGUACAGUGCUCCAUUUAGGUUACAACAUAGAAAACAUAAAGAAAGUCAGUGUGGGUGAUUCCCUGGUGUUUUAAGUACAGUGCUCCAUUUAGGUUACAACAUAGAAAACAUAAAGAAAGUCAGUGUGGGUGAUUCCCUGAUGUUUUAAGUACAGUGCUCCAUUUAGGUUACAACAUAUAAAAACAUAAAGAAAGUCAGUCUGGGUGAUUCCCUGAUGUUUUAAGUACAGUGCUCCAUUUAGGUUACAACAUAGAAAACAUAAAGAAAGUCAGUGUGGGUGAUUCCCUGGUGUUUUAAGUACAGUGCUCCAUUUAGGUUACAACAUAGAAAACAUAAAGAAAGUCAGUGUGGGUGAUUCCCUGGUGUUUUAAGUACAGUGCUCCAUUUAGGUUGCAACAUAGAAAACAUAAGGAAAGUCAGUCUGGGUGAUUCCCUGAUGUUUUAAGUACAGUGCUCCAUUUAGGUUACAACAUAGAAAACAUAAAGAAAGUCAGUGUGGGUGAUUCCCUGGUGUUUUAAGUACAGUGCUCCAUUUAGGUUACAACAUAGAAAACAUAAAGAAAGUCAGUGUGGGUGAUUCCCUGGUGUUUUAAGUACAGUGCUCCAUUUAGGUUGCAACAUAGAAAACAUAAAGAAAGUCAGUCUGGGUGAUUCCCUGAUGUUUUAAGUACAGUGCUCCAUUUAGGUUACAACAUAGAAAACAUAAAGAAAGUCAGUGUGGGUGAUUCCCUGAUGUUUUAAGUACAGUGCUCCAUUUAGGUUGCAACAUAGAAAACAUAAAGAAAGUCAGUGUGGGUGAUUCCCUGGUGUUUUAAGUACAGUGCUCCAUUUAGGUUACAACAUAGAAAACAUAAAGAAAGUCAGUGUGGGUGAUUCCCUGAUGUUUUAAGUACAGUGCUCCAUUUAGGUUGCAACAUAGAAAACAUAAAGAAAGUCAGUGUGGGUGAUUCCCUGGUGUUUUAAGUACAGUGCUCCAUUUAGAUUACAACAUAGAAAACAUAAAGAAAGUCAGUGUGGGUGAUUCCCUGAUGUUUUAAGUACAGUGCUCCAUUUAGGUUGCAACAUAGAAAACAUAAAGAAAGUCAGUGUGGGUGAUUCCCUGGUGUUUUAAGUACAGUGCUCCAUUUAGAUUACAACAUAGAAAACGUAAAGAAAGUCAGUGUGGGUGAUUCCCUGAUGUUUUAAGUACAGUGCUCCAUUUAGGUUGCAACAUAGAAAACAUAAAGAAAGUCAGUGUGGGUGAUUCCCUGGUGUUUUAAGUACAGUACUCCAUUUAGAUUACAACAUAGAAAACGUAAAGAAAGACAGUGUGGGUGAUUCCCUGAUGUUUUAAGUACAGUGCUCCAUUUAGGUUACAACAUAGAAAAAAUGAAAUAUCUAUUAUUUCUAUGAGUUACAAGUAUGCAAGUGGACUACAACAGUAUUAAAAAAGACAAAGCUUAUGUUUCACAUGCUUUUCAGCUAAAGCCAGGCCACCACAUGUGGUGAUAUCGGAACGGAAAGCAGUAAAAGUGAUUUGCGAAGGAAUAAAUUUUUAUAAACCCACAUACUCCUGGCUAAAGAAUGGCGUACCUUUAAGUGGCAGUGCCAGUGGCUUAUCUUUACUCAUUCACUCUGAUGUUAUGUUCAUGCCAUUUGCUUACAUUAAAAGUUCUGGUAAUUACACAUGUGUGGUUAAAGAUCAUUGGGGAACAGCUACAGCAUCAACUGUUGUUGAAGUAUAUAAAGGUAAUUCAUACAUUUAUUAUUCCUAUAUGCCAAGUAAAUUAACUAACCACAGCCAUGUUAUAUAAGGUAUUGUGAAACUCAUUAUAAUAAUUCACGAAGAAAACACAAGAAAUCAUGACUGUGCAGGAGUUUGUAUAUCUGCAUGAUACAAAAUUAAACAGUUUCAACAAUCUUCAAGAUAUGAAUGAUAUGUGGUGACAAGAAUGAACUUCAAAAAAACCCCGUUAAAGUUAAAGAUGAAGUUAAAAGUAAAUCCGCAGGAUUUUUUAUCAGAUAUACAGAUCCUUCAUGAUUCCUUUUGUGUUUUCACAUCGGAAUUAUUGAAUCACUUCGCAUAAAUGAGAAUCAAAAUUUUGUAUUGAAAAAUAUAACUUUACGGUAAUUGUUUACUUUUAGUAUUGUCAAAGAUAAUUGCUAUUAAUUAUAGUUGAGUUUCACUAAGAUUUUUGUGGCAUAAACAUGGCAGUACCCUGGUAUAUACAUGAACUUGUGGUUAGAGCUCGACAACUGGCCUCUGUAGUUCAGUGGGUUAGAGCUCUGCACCGGAAUCGCAGGACCGCAGGUUCAAUUCCUGUCUGGGACCAAAAGUUGCAUUUUUCACAGCUGUUCCUGGUUAGGUCCAAUAAAUGUAUAUAAAUUUCCACUCGACAAUUUCCAUCUACAGUCCCCAUCAAAUAUUUGGGUUUCACUAGCCCUAUCUUGUAACAGAUAGUGGUCGGUCAACCUGCAGUUAUCAAAUGAGAAAAUACUAUUUUUAUUAUGUGUAGUAUGCUUGGGUUUGGAGGCAAAGAAUUGAGAGAUGUACUUUUUGCUCCUAGAAAUGUCAACAUUGUACAGCAGCCAUCUGCUGUUCAGGAACGAUUUCACUAUGAAAACAUUUCAUUUUCAACGAGUUUUUGAUUUUAUAUUUUAGAUCCGUCAGUCAUUCGCCAUUCUCUAAAUCGAAAGGCAUUGUUCGGAAAAGAUAUUUGUCUAACUUGUGAAAUGUUUGCCAGUAACACGACCUAUGAAAUAAGUUGGUCAAGUAUGGGAAGUCCCAUUUCAUCAGGCAAUCCAAAAUAUAAAGUAAAUAAUAUGACAGCAAGAAAAUCGAAGAAGUUUUCAACUGAACUGUGUAUUAAAUCUUUAAACCGUGAUGACAGCGGAAUGUAUUCUUGUGAAAUAAAUUAUGCAACAAAAGGAGUCUAUGACUAUGCUCAAGGAAAACUUCAGGUUCUUGGUAAGUGUUCUUACCAUUUAUUACUACAUUUUACUUAUAACUGUUGCUGUUGUCGUUGUCGUCGUUGUCGCUGUUGUUGUUGUUGGCGUUGCUGGCGUUGUUGUUGCUGUUGCUGCUGUUGUUGUCGCUGUUGUUGUUGUCGUUGUUGUAUUUGGUAGUGUUGUAUUUGUUGUUGUAUUUGUUGUUGUUGUUGUUGUAUUUGUUGUUGUUGUUGUUGUUAUUUUUGUUGUAUUUGGUAUUGGUGCUGUUGUUUGUUGAGAAGGUUUGUUGUUGUUGUUCCUGCGGUCGUUGCUAACGUCAUAAAUGUCACAACAUAAAUAUGUCUGCAUAAAUAUUCCUGUUACAUUUUAGUGAAACCAGAAGUGCAUAUUUAUAAGAGUGGUGAACAUUUCUUGGUUUGCAAUGCCACUGGAUUCCCUCCACCUCGCCUAACCUGGUAUAAAGAUAAUAAAGACGUUGAGAACAAUAUCAUGAAUAAGGAAAAGUCUUUAACAAUAAAAAAAAGUGGUGGUAAUCUCACAUGUGUAGCUUCAAAUUCUGCAGGCACGGCUACCAAGUCGUUUAUAUACACAGGUAAGACUGACUGUGUAUUUAUAAAAUAUAAUGCCAAGAUACCAUUGUUCGCGGAAAUAACAUAAUUGUUCUUUAUAACGCAUUAUACAGAAGUCUCAAUGCUUUUUACAACAAGAAUAUAAAUGUUUAUGUUUUUAAAUGAAUAUAAAUCUUUGCCUUAAACUCAUCGAUAGUUGAACUCUGCUUAACAAGUCAGGAAGAGUGUUCCAGAGUCUCGGAGCAGCACAGGAAAAUAAGUUCUCGCCAUAUGUCUCUGUUCGCACUCUGGGCACAGUUAACAGAUUUAGACUGCUGGAGCACAAAGUAGCUGGCAGGGAUAUGACGGUGAUGUAUGUAGGGGCAUUAAGAGCUUUGUAGGUCACCAAAAGAAGUUUGAAAGUUACUCGUUGUUGCACUGGAAGUCAGUGAAGAUUGAAAAGUACCGGUGUUAUAUAUGUGCAGAUUUCCUUUCUUCGAUGACUAACCUUUGCAGCUUCUGUAGUUCACAAGAAGGAAGACCGUAGAACACGCCGUUGCAAUACCCGAGUUUGGGUCAUGAGAUAAAAGCAUGAACAAGACUUUCGGUAUCCUUUUGUGAAAGAUAUUUUCUGAUUUUGCCAAUUCGAUAUAUUAAUUGUGAAGCUGAACGACAUAUGUUAUUAAUAUGCACUUUGAAAGUAAGACAGGAAUCGAGAGUAACUCCCAGGUUCUUUACUUUAUUUACGGGGUGUACAUCAUGUCCUUCUACUUUGAUGAGACGAAGAGGACAAUCAUUUUUCAUGUAACGGGAAUAAAAAUGAAUUACUUCCGUCUUGGAUGGAUUUCGCAUAAUAUUUCAAGUGAUCCAAUUCAUAACAUCGUCAGUACAGGCUUCCAACUUUUCAGUUCUAACUUUUCACGAUUCAGAAAAAUGUAGAGUUGAGAAUCAUAAGCAUACAUCAUGGCAUCUAUUCCAUGGGACAGGAUCACAUCUUCGGAGGGAGCAAUGUACAAAGAGAAUAGCAGUGGUCCCAAAACAGAUCCUUGAGGGACCCCACAGCUUCACGGUCGUGAAGAAACAUUAGUGAGCUUAAGCAAGUGACGUUUUUGACAACAGGAACGGCAUGAGUAACGUCAGAAGACUGGAUCAAGGGCUGUGAUUGAUGAAAACGUCAACUUUACUUCCGGUCGACGUCCGUGUUGUCAAAAACGCCAUUUGCUUAAGUCGCUAUUAUCUACGACCACGCGCUGAGGGCGAUCGCAGAGAUAAGACUUUAGCCAAUCCAGAACUACCCCUGAUAGACCAUGACGAUUACACAGCCUAUCAAGCAAAAUGUCGUGAUCAAUUGUAUCGAAUGCUGAUGAAAGAUCGAGUAACACUAGAACACAUUCUGGUUGAUCACAAUUCCCUCUCAUUAUGUCAUUCACAACUCUAAGUAGUGCUGACGUCUCUGUACUGUGCUGGAUUCUGUACGCUGACUGCAUCUUGGCAUGUAGUUUAUGUGUUGUUAAGUAGGCGUCGAGUACCAGGUGAUCUCGUGUUCGUAUUUUAGCCAAUCAGCGCUCAGAAAGGGUUGUCCGAAUAGAAAUCCGUUUUGAUGUAUUCAGUCAAUUAUAUCUUUCGUUAUUCUUUAUAAAACUAGUUGAAAUUUUGUAAUUAUGUUUGGUUAUGAGAACUAUAGCUCUGACAAAAAUAUGGAAUCGAAAUAAAGUAUAUUACAGGAGAUAUUCAGUUGUUUUAAUCAUAAAAUGGAUUUCUAUUUGACAACUAGUGCCAGUACUUUUCCGCGUAUCAAGAUCACCUGGUAGAGAGGCAACAAUUUUUUCGAGAGAAAUACAAAACUUGAAUUUUGGCCUAAAAUUAUCAAUUAAACUCAUCUCGAUCUAAUGGCAUUUUCUCGAUAAGAGGCCUUAGAAGAAAUUCUUUCCAUUUCGUUGGAAAAAUUCCUUGUUCCAGAGAUGCGUUCAUGAUGGUUGUUAUAGUUGGUAUAAAGCCAUCGAUACAACUUUUCAGCAGCCAUGUUGGAAUUGGGCCUAAUUGGCAAGAUUUUGUGUUUUGACACCAUGAUGAUAUCUUGCAUUCUACUCUUUGAAACUCGCUCAAAAUGUGUUAGAGAAGACUGAAUAGUCUCUAAAGGCUGAAUAGGCUCUAAAAACUUCGUCAAUCGAAUCAUCCCAGGCUGAUUAAACAUGAUUGGUUGAUCAAAAUGUGAAUCUUCGCGACAAACAUGAAAGUUUCCUUUGAUGAAAAGAAAAUCUUUUGUUUGCUGCUGUUCAUUUCAUUUCAUUUCAUUUCAUUUCAAGAUUGCAUAUAUUGUUAAUACAAGUUAUUAUAUUGUCAUUCAAGAGUUACUAAGGAAAAUAUAUGCAAAAAACAUUAAUUUCCCAUCCCCCAAAAAUAAUUGAAUAUCUUCUUGAACUUACUACUGUAAUAAUGAAGAGUUUAUGAGCUACAUGACAGUUAUAGUUGUGAUAACAUUGUUCAGAUAUUUGAACUUAUACUGUAUAUAUUCUUUAUAUGUAGCAUUUGAACUUUAGGUCACUCCAAUAAAAUAAAUUCAAUUUACUUUACUAAAAUAUGUUGUGAGUAAAAGUUUUGUAAUUUUGCGUUUUUAGUGGGCAUCAAAGGCAGCGGAAGUUCUCUAACUUUAAUCAUUAUUCUGUGUGUCAUUGGUUUAAUAUUGUUGCUGAUAUUGGUUAUUUUAUGUGUAUGUUAUUUCCGUCGAAAGAAGAAAGCAAUCGUGAAUAAUAAUUAUGAAGGUGUCUACAGUUCAGUUCGUUAUACAGCCACGGUAAGUUUAUCUACAUUAAGGCUUAGUAAGCCCAGGGAAAGUGUUUUCUUUCAUCAUGAAUUGCUUCGGAAUGUUUGGAAAGGUUGAUUACACGCGCGUGCAACAUUAGAGAGGUUUAACAAAGACGACGCGACGUCAAAGAAGACGUGAAAAUGGCGUAAAAAUGUCGUGAUAUGCCCAUCUAUAGAUGUGCCCACGCCAUUUUUACGCCAUUUUCUCGUCGUCUUUGACGUCGCGUGAUCUUUGCUAAACCUCUCUAAUAAAGCAAAAUUGACGCUACGUACAUUGGCAUGAGUCGUAAGGAAAAUUUUCUUCAGAAUCCAGGAUCCUAUUGUCUUCAAAUUUCUGUUUAGUUAUGAAAGUCCUACAGCACUUUUUGGGAGGCUUUAUCGUUUAUUGCACUUUUGCGCUAUGUUUGCCCGUCAUGGCAGGCGCGCAUGCGUAAAGGUAUUUUCCACUCACCGCAAAAAGAACUCGCAAGCUCGCUGUGAUUCUCCGCGAGUGCUUGCAUCUAAUUAUAGUUAACUGUCGAGCAUUGUGAUUGGAUAAUAAUAAUAAUAAUAAUAAUUAUAGUUAAUAUUGCAGUACACAUCAUGGACGGAUUUUCUUGGGGAUGCAGAGGGGUGCAUACACCCCUAAACGUUUCCCAACUUCACCUAGAGAAAUUUGCAACCCCCCCCCCCAAAAAAAAAAACACUCAUUGGAAUAAAUGACAGUAAUGUGAUAUAAGAUUUUGAACUAAGUAAGGCUAAAAGCAAGGAAUUUGAACUAAGUAAGACUAAAAGGAAGGAAUUUGAACUAAAAAUCUCAAAAUUUAGCACCGUUUGUAACUGUGCCCUGCUUCAGCUUGUUCGGCAGCGCUACGCGCCCCGCCAAUCAUAAGUCAAUCCCCUCGGAUUUACGCAGCUAGAUUGGUCCGAGGCUUCGCGUAGUAAAUCUCUCAGAUUAAAGUCAGAGCUUUGGUGACCCAAUUCAGCCAUUGGAAUUAGCGGUUGCAAACGGCAAUGCCUCCUUGGGAAACGUCAGUGGCGGCAACAUCUGUUUCUCGUCCGUCUAGAUUAUAAUAAUGUUGUCCGCCUGAAGUGAACUUUAUAAAACAUUUGCACCACCGAUAGAAAAGCGUCAUCCACAUAAACAUCAAACUCACUGGUAAAUUUCAACAUCAAGUUUGGUGAUAUUUUCUUAUUGUUUUUAGCCUGGUGAGUCAACUAGUCAGUCACAAUACACAACAGUUGAUGCUGGACCUCCUCAUCUCAAAUCUCGCAUUGAGUUUCAACCUCGCACUAGCUCAGAUUCCGAGUCUGCAGGAGCGAAACGUUUCGGACUUAAAGCAAAAUAUCAAAGUUUAAAACCUCGCGCUAAGGGAGAAUGGGAAGUGCCACAUGAGUGUGUAAAGUUUAAUAAAAAACUGGGAGAGGGACAGUUUGGCCUGGUUUGGAAAGGAGAAAUCUUAGCAAGGAAAGGAUCAAGAACUGUGGCCAUUAAAAUGUUACAUGGUACGAAUGUUUGUAGUUUCUUGUUUCAUUUUUUUCUUAACAACUCGCAACAUGCAUUUUUAACUGGCUGUUAAAUGAGAAAUAUAAACUGGAACGGCCAGUGCCAGCGUGACAAAAACACGAGGAAACUGCAGGUGAAGAUUCAACGACCUGAAAAAUACAAGGAAAACUUGGACGUUUCCAUGCAGCGAAAUCCCUUCGUUGGGAAGUUAAUAGCUAUGACCUUCACUCGAAACGUAUUUUUCACUUCCGCAGUUUUCAGAAUGAGAAAUAUCCUUUAACAGCUUUUUGAAACACAAAUGAUUUACUCAAACAAAAUAUUUAUUCAAUAUUGACAAUGAGUUUACUACAUCAUAAGGUUGCAAGAACUAAGAAACAUGCGCUCUACGUGCAUGCUACUGUUAAAUCUUUCAACCGUUGCACGUAUAAAACUUGAACUCGCUUACUUUCAAGCUGUUUAGAGCGCAUAGAAACCUCACUAUUGUAGUAUUGUUGUUGGCCGUCCUAAUUUUUGCGGUCUUUCUAUUCGUUGCAUUUCUAUAAAUACUAGCUGUCAAAAACUGUUGUACUUUUAGAUAUCUAAAUGUUUACAGCCAUGUACUUUCUGUGUAGAGGGUGCCUCUGCUAAAGACCGCAAAGCUCUGAUUGACGAAUUGGAAUUUAUGAAAACAAUGUCACCACAUCCAAAUAUUGUUGGCUUGGUAGGAUGCUGCACUAGAUCAGGUUGGUACAUUCUACAUGGUCACUGCAUGGUUACUUCAUGGUCACUGCAUGGUCACUGCAUGAUCACUGCAUGGUCACUGCAUGGUUACUUCAUGGUCACUUCAUGGUCACUGCGUGAUCACGUCAUGGUCACUGCAUGAUCACUUCAUGGACACUUCAUGAUCACGUCAUGGUCACUGCAUGAUCACGUCAUGAUCACUGCACGGUCACUGCAUGAUCACGUCAUGGUCACUGCAUGAUCACGUCAUGGUCACUGCAUGAUAACUUCAUGGUCACUGCAUGGUCACUGCAUUGUCACUGCAUGGUCACUGCAUGAUCACGUCAUGGUCAUUGCAUGCAUGCUUGCAUUUGCAUCAACUGGAUAGUUUUCAGGGUGAAUAAUUAUUCGGCCAAUCGAUUCUACCUUUAAUUUUGUCUGUAUUCUACAGACUAUAGUAUAUACAUAUACUAGUAUACAAGUUUAGGAUUAUAUGGAUCCAAGAUAUUUCUGUAAGAUAGACCGUGUAUUUCUAUAAAUAUUUCUACGCGCGUGUCAUGGCAUGUCGUUUCAUUUUCAUGUUUUGUGAAUGAAUAUAUUUCACUUUGAUCAUGACCCCAAUCGCAGUUCUAACCAGAAAUGUAUCUUCGUGCGCGAAGACCACAUUACUUGAUUAGCCAUAUUCCCAAAGAUGAUCAAACCAGGAAACAUUGUUACGGAAACUUUAGCCGAAUUCAUUUUAGAAGAUGCGUCUGAGACGGACGGGAAACGCGUGCAGGUAUAAGGAUAGGAUAGGAUGAAACUUUAUUUGACUACGCUGGCCACUUCAACCGGAGCUGCUUUCCAAGUGGGGCGUAGAUAAAUUAUGUCACAAAAAUAUAUAAAAUACAAAAUCACUAAGAAUAUUAAGAACUACGAAUACAAAGUACAUAUUACAAAACAAGUGGUACAGUAGUCAAAUAGCUAAUUCGUCAGACUAACAGAGGAAAUAUUUCUAUUGAAAUAAUUUAAAGAUUCGAUGUUUCUUACUUGUUCAGGAAUGCUUGUAUUCCAGAUUUUAACCCCACUAUAUCGAAAACAUUUUCUGCCAUACUUGGUAUUUGGUCGUGGCAGAAAGAGAGACGAAUUUGAACCUCGUAAAUUAUAACUGUGGAUAUGGUUAGAAUUCUGGAACAUUGAUGAGAACCUUAUGAACCCAAAUUAUUCAGUGGCGAAGCUAGCCAUAGCAACAGGUCGUGCUAUAUGUAAAUUUUUAAUGGUUUGCAUUGUUCAAACUUUUAGAAAUGUCUCGUCUUGAACCUAUUGAGACGCAGGUUUAUUAGCCAUGAGCAGUUGCCAUGAUCAGCUUCGACACUUAUAAAUUCAGUUAACGACGGGAUCGACCGUCUCAACUUUUCCAUCGAACUUUCGUGUCUGAACGACUGAAAAUAAAUCUUAAACGAAUAAAUCAAGACGGGUUUCAGCUGGUUGAGCUGAGAUUGUUUGCGUGCGAUGGUUUGUGUUCUAAUCAUAUCAAACAGAAAUACGUCGACGAGUUUCCCGCCUUAAGGCGGUUUUUCUUUUGUCUUACAAGUACUCAGAUGGAACUAAACAGAAAUCGUUUGAAUUUGAACAAUAGAAAUUUCGGUUCGAUCGAAAAUUUUCGCUUAGUGGAAAACCGCCAUUAAACGGACAUUCGUCUUCUAGAAUGAGUUCAGUUAUUGUUCACUAGCCAUCUUUCCCAAAGGUCGAUAAACCAGGAAACAUUUCCUGGGAAAUUAUUUUUGCUUUCUAGGAAGCAGUUUCGAAUAAUGUUUGCAAGGGAGGGAAAACACUGGAGAAAACAUUCAGAAAUUUAUUUGUCAUUUUUAGAGCAAGUGCUCAUCAUAGUGGAAUAUGUACCUGGGGGAAAUUUGAAAGAUUAUCUUUUGAACACUCGUUGUAAAGGCAAGGAUAUUUAUGCAAAUCUCGCUCCGUUCAGUGCCACCUUAACAUCGAAAGAUUUGUUGACAUUCGGUUACCAGAUUGCGAGAGGAAUGAGCCAUCUUGAACAGAUUAAGGUAAGUUCAAGGGAUUUAUGGUGGAAAAUGUCCAUUUUAAACAUUCAUUAGACGUGACCAGGAGCAGUUGAUGAUCCACUCGAACUUUCCAUCUACAAAACCCUUCAACAAUUCUAGUUGUAUCGAGUGAGAUGCCCACACAUUCUGCUGUCUAGUAAAUAGUCAUUCUACCCUGCAUUGAGCUGGCGUCCCAACGCCGGGGUUGGAGAUGAAUUGUCUUUGUGACGACCUAAAACUUGCCUUGGAGAAGGUUCAGUGUUUCUAUUCUAGAACAGCGUUAUGGAGAUCUAUAAUCUUGAGGUGAUAAUUGUUUUCAGAAAUGUUACAAUUCUGUGUAUAUUUUUAAUUCUAUCUGGGCUAUGUUUUGUUAUAAAACAAGCAGUUUACAUAUUGUGUUGUUAUCAGCAAUAUCAAGGUGAGUUUAUGUUGUUGUGUGUAGACGAGUCCAUUUUUUUAGUGUGUUGUGAGUUUGUUAUUUGAAUGAAUAACAGCUAACUUGAACAGAUUAAGCUGAUUUUUUCUUGUGUAUUGCCGUGGAGAGAUAUGUGCAAAUAAAGAUUGGUUUUUCCUUUCUGGCAGAUUUUGCUCCCUGCAAUUACGUGUUUCUGCUUUGUAUCUAUAACGUAUCAAUAACUCCUUGAGUGCCAGUGUUCGCCCCUUGACGAGUAAAAUCGUCAGGCUUUAGACAGAGUAAAAUAAUAAAGUAGGGUGUAUUGGGACAACACCGCGGAAAAACGUCUGCGCAUGCACCAAAUUAUGAAAAUAUGGCGGGUAAUUUGAAUAUCAAUUUCUAAAACAAAAACUUGCUUAUUAAUUGGUCAAAAAUUAGUAAAACAAACGAGAAAAUAUAGCAAAUGGGUAGACUAGACAUUAAUUGAAAGCGUCCUGGCAUUUAAAGUAUGGAAUGAAAUAUAAUUCAUGUAAAAAAUUGUUGAUUUUAACGGACACGACUUCGAAAAUUUUUGCAAAAUUAUUCAAAACAAAAAUUCAAACUAAAAAGUUAAGAAAACUCUCGAAAAGUUAAGCUUCUUAACCCACUCAAAUUGUAGAAUAAAUCCUAAAGUUUAAUUAUUGUGAACACGCAAAUUUUUUAUAUUUGGCGACACAGUUUUUUUUAAAGAAAUGUAUCUCAAACGAAAAUUCGGAAAUUGUCGUUGCUUAGUUGAUAAACAAAAUGUUUCAGACGAUAAAUUUGUCAACAAUCACCUUUAGUUCAUGUUCUUGUACAAUACAAUUUCUUGAACCUUCUGGCUGUAUUUAUUCCUAGUUUUUAGAAUGACAUGUUUAUUUUUGCGCUCGAAAUCUGGCUGUAAAGACGCACAAUGAAGUCACUCCUUUUACCGCCAUUUUGAGCCUUCGGAAACGUUCGGAACAGCUUCUCAUCAAGUUCGCAAUACUAUUACAGGUAAGGUUGACGCAUGCGCAGACGUUUUUCCGCGGUGUUUAUUCGGACACAGUGCAACUUAAUAGUUUAGACCUUAAUAGUUUCGUGUGAGCAUGCACACGAUUUUAUUUGCCCCUGCAUCACAAGUGUAAUAAUUUCUCUUCUUAGUGUGUUCACCGUGACUUAGCAGCGAGAAAUAUUUUGAUUGGUGAUGACAAGACAUGUAAAAUUGCAGAUUUUGGUUUGGCCAGGGAUAUUUAUUGUGAAAAUUACUAUCGAAAGACUAGUGGAGUAAGUUUUGAUUUCUUUUUUCUAUCGGAUUUUGUGUACAGCGUUAUAUGCCUUAGUAAAUUUCACUUUAUAAUAUUACACCAUAACCGCGGAUCUGGCGAAAAUGACAGUGAGGAAUGUACUUUCAUUCCUACAGCCAUUGCCAUAGCUGAUCGAACCCGGUUUUUCAGUUUUCCAAAAAUCAGAAAACCGUAAAAACUGACCGAAGAAUCAUGAAUUGCCACCAUUCAUUCACACAAUAUCCAAGGCCCAUACGAUUCCUUGCGGGCGACUGAAAUGCGGGUAACCAUGUUGUGGUCUCUCGCAGGUCGCAUUCUUCAAUGUUUUGACACGAAAUUAUGACGUGUUUUAGGGUAAGAUGAUGCAUUCUUGAUUUGGCAAUAAAAGUCAAAUCGAUUAGGACAUUACUUAAUUCUCUAAAUAUAUCUCAGCAUGUUAUCACGUUCUUGCAUUUUCUUCUUAAUCUGUGAUCCACUCUAUUCUGAUAUGCUACCUUGGACUGGCUCUUCCUGUACAAUCUAUCAUGUUUAUUUUCGGAGUUACCGUUGUUUUAUAUUUUAUUAAAAUACUCAGUGGUUCCCGUAAUUUCUAAUCUAUUAUGUUUAGUAUCCUUAGACCUCUUAACAGUAUCUCUGCCUUCUAAAUAUUUGUCGUCUUCUAUUGGCUUCAUGCAUGCUACCUUGGCUGGAUUUUCCUUUACACACACUAUCCUGAUAUGUUCAUCUCUUAUGUUUAAUAUCCUCAGGUGUCUUUUAACAAUAUAUCUGCCUUCUUAAUAUUUGUCGUCCCUCUCCUGGACGUCUCCAUGCAUGCAUUUCUAAUUGACCGGAAGUUUAGUGAAUCUGUUGCGAGUAUGGACUAGCGUCGUGUAGGAACAUAACCACACCGCCACCGGUACGGAUUAUCGGAUAACCGUCGAUGUUUAUUAUACUAUCUGGAACAAAGCUGUCAAUUUUAGAUUCGUUAAUUCCUAAAAUGUCUAUAUGGCGAUUAGUCAGGGGUCGAAGUUCAUCAAUAUACUUCAGUAAACUAUUGACGUUCGCAAGGCAACCUUAAGACCCUUUUUCAACUCAUCAGUCAAAGAAGGGAGCUUAAAUUUAGGUCACACCAUGACGCAUUUAAAAGUGGUUUUCCCUUUUGGUCUUCCUCCAUUGUUCCACUAAGUUCAGUUACGUAACCAUUCUCACCCUUACCUUUUCCGAUCGAGUGCAAGAACGUAAUGAUAGGGACGUCUAAAAGACGUGCUACAUAUUGCAUUUGCAACAAUUAUUGCGGAGUGGUAAAGCAGUAGGAGACUUCUAAAUUUGGUCAGAGAUAUUUCUUUUUUCUCUCUUUUUAAUGAUAGGGACGUCUUCCUCUCAGAUGGAUGGCAUAUGAAUCGAUAUUUAAUGGAAUAACCACAAGUCAAAGUGACGCGUAAGUGUUUUUACAUGUGGUGCAGCAGUUUGAAAAGGUUUUGGGAACACAUUUAUUUGGAAAUAAACGUGCUGGUUUCUGAACUAUAAUAUUUUAAAUUUUUUGCAUGACUUUGUACUCCAAAUAAUGGUAAGUUCUUUGACUGUGUAAGUUCACAUCACCAGUGUGGAAAUAGUUUAAAAAGUUGUCUUUCAAGUAAAUUCUUGUUCAUAUCGAAUCUCGCUCCCACAUUGUGUUUAAGUCAAGAAAUAAAUAUUUUAGGUGGUCAUUUGGUGUUCUCCUCUGGGAAAUUGUUACACUAGGUAAGUUCAGUGACGUGCUUAUUUUUAUCCUAAUUCAAGAUAUGACCACUAUUUAUCAGCACCGCCACCAGGAAAUUUUUUAUCAAAUCUCUUCGCCGGAAAUUUGCUUACACCCAGCAGGAAAUUUUUGUCAUCUUAUUUAUUUAAUAUUAAAAUGCCAUACAAUUUGCUUUUUUCGUCAUAUGUAUUGAUGGUGUGGUAGUACGUCACAUUAUCUGAAACCUAGGCAGAAAUCUUACAUUUUAUUUUCAAUUUGAAAUUUUGAAUUUUACUGCCAGGAAGAAAAAUUAUUUUCUAGGAUAACAAAGAUAACAAUAAGAAUAAGAUAAUAAACAGUUUAUAUUGGAUGAGGUUUUUAUGAUAUCCGAAAAUAUCAAGUGUUCCCCGUCGAGCCGAAACACCUUCGACAAACAAUGAUUUGUGGCACUAAAAGUUUACUUCUCAAACAAGAAAACAAGUUAAAUUAUCACAAUAGCACGAAAAUGUUAGGAAACAUUUACGUAUUAAAGUUCCGAUGAACACGUCAAAAAAGUCUGAGUUUUGCACGAAAAAACAUUUAAAAAACGUCGUUCGUGAUUGGGUUUUUUAUUCGUCUGUGUAAAGCUGCCGCUUGCUUCAAAUUACAUACUGCUGGCUCAACCAGCAGUCAACAGUAUCGUGUUAGCAAGUAACGUUAUCGCGUGCAGGUCGCGUCAUUCCCGUAUUUGGAUAUAAGCAAUUGGCCAAUCAGAACACUGUAAUUGGCUCUGCUGUUGUGGUUGCCCGGCCUCUUGUGACUGUAUUGUUUAUGUCAGUCUCAAUGUCUGUAAUACGUUACUUGUAAAAACGUAUUUGUUUGUAGGUAAAGUUUUUAACAAAAGAAAAGGAAAAUAAAAUACAAACGUAGUGACUAGAAUAUAUAAUAACAACACAUCCAAUGUUUCAGGCGGUAAUCCUUAUCCAGACAUGAAUCGCGAUCAAAUUAUAGAUGGUUUACAACGAGGAUACAGGAUGCCCAAGCCACAUCAUUGUUCUGAUGAAAUGUAAGUUCAUUCUUGUUUGUAGUCCUGAAAGUUGUUUUCAACAAAACAGAAACGAUGUUAUCCGUCAAUAGUAUUAACUCGUUCCCAGGCUUUCCCUCUUGUGGAGGAAAGAGCGUAGAGGAGAGAGCCUGAGAAUGAGGUGGUAUUAACUUAGAAUUGGGACUAGGAUAGGAAUUAGAGUAAGAAUUAGAGUGGUAUGAAAACUUUCGUUAGUAGGGGUGCAACUGCUUCAAAUACAACUCCUGGUAUUUUUCAGGUAAUUCCAUCCCUACCAACAAAUGUUUUGUAAGAAUUACAGUAGGGAAUAAUUGAAGGAUACGAAUUUAACAUGGAAAUUGUGUCAUAUUCGUGGAAAUUGUGUCAUACAAUGUAGGAAGUGAGGACUUUCCCACUUUUUUCGUCUUCUCGCUGCGAUUUUGAAUGAGACAUAUACCUGGAACAGAAUUCAUUAUGGCAGGAACAAAUGAACAAAAUCAGAGACAAAUAAACACUUCUUUAUAAGUUAAGAAAAAUUUAAUCAUUUCAUCAAAAUCUGUUUGUUUUCUGUAGUUAUACUGUGAUGUGGGAGUGUUGGCAACAAAAUCCAGAUAAACGUCCGACCUUUGCUGAACUGACUGCAACUUUCUUACGAUUAAUCUCACUUCAACAGGUAUGAAAUAACUGCGUAUAUUUGAGAAAAUAAACUGAUACUGACUUGAACGAGAAUACUAAAUAUAGUCAUUUUGCAUAAAUUUUUAAAUAAUUGAAAUGAAUGAGUUAAAUGGAUGGCAUGGAGGACAGUGGGACUUUCAAAACAAUGAAAAUACAAAUAAACAUCACUGAAACGUGACUGGAUGGCAUGAAGUACAAUUGCAUUUUCCAGAAAAGACCGGAACAUCACUGAAUCGUGAUAGAGUGACAGUAUACAAUGAAAUCGUGAAGCGGCCAUAUUUUGGCAACUUUCUCUAAACGUCUGUCUCGUAUAUAUGCUCUUACUGACCUUUCCCUGGCCCUGCAUAGCUAUUUACUACCACAUAUUUCAUACGCACAGAUACAAACCGUAUGAUUUGUUAACAAUAUUUUAAGAUUGAAGCAAUAUCUUUGGAAACAGUUUAAAAGUACAGACUGAAAUACACUUGAUCUCUGUGUUAUGCCAGUGUAUUGCGCUUAUAAAAUGACACCGUGGAAAUGACAAAAAACUUGCAUUUCUACUUAAAUUUUAGAUUUUCAUAAAUAUGGAGAGUUUUGGUGAAGUUGAUUAUGUGAACGUGGGGAGUUUUGAAGAGACUGCGGACGCGUGAUUUACCCUUCCUCACGAUAACACGUCCACACGAUAACACGUUCCACACGUCCCCUAUGGAAAUCAUCGAAAGAUGUUAGGGCUAACGUGUUUAAAUAAAUUUUUAUGUAUGUAUGUAUGUAUGUAUGUAUGUAUGUAUGUAUGUAUGUAUGUAUGUAUGUAUAAGUGUCCAACAAUGCAUUUACGAUUGCUACAGUGAUAGUGAUCUACACACGAAUUAUAAUAUUAGUGCAUGCACGAUUUAUCUUGAAACGAGCAAUAAUAUACUGUACAUGCACCAUAACUAUUCACUUUCCAUCAAGUCUGGUUUUUCCCUCACAUAUUAGCAAAAUUUGAAGCAAAUGAUUGCAUUGAUUAAUCAACAUUCUAAUCUUAUGUUUUCCUUAACAAAGUCAUUUAAAGGCUUAAUCAUGAAGUGUUGAUUUCAGCUGAUUUACUAAUGAAGAAUCAAAAACAGAAUGCAUAAACAAGCAAACAGUUUUGUGUAGCAAUUAAUUUCUGGCAAAAUAUUAAAACAACUUGCCCGAUCGAGCAACCAAAAAGCAACUUCUACUUGCCUCGGGCAAGCGCUAAGUUACUUCACUGGCGGGGUAGACAUUUGGUCGUGGCGGCUGUGACAAAGAAUAAAUGCAUGUCUUCCUGUUAAGCCUUUAAACUAGACCUGAAAAUGUGUGUCAAUAUGUCUCCACCAUGGAUGAAGCUGUUUUGCAUACAUCUUAGAUGAAACUGUUUAACAUCGGUCACAUGACUUAGUCGUGACCAAAUGAAAACCAGGCUUGGCCUCAAAGUGGCAUCAUACUAUAGGUUUUGGUAGAAACAACAAACACUGAAUGAUGUUUAAACACAGAAAAAUCGCACGUUCACUUGGUACUCCGUGCACGCAUUCAUUGGUAAAUAAUUGAUAUAGGUAAUUGGUUUGAGGUUAUUUUUAGCAGCACUAACUUUUUAAGAAUUUUUUAAGCCAUAGACCAAUUGCGAAACUUAGUGGCCGCGCCUUCAUACUGCACGAGAACGAGGCUUAUUAUGCAAAAACAAAACAAUUUCUAUAUUUUUACAUAGCGAAAAGUGAAUUUUAGGGUUUUUAAAGUGUUUUUUCUUGAAUCUCUUUGAUCUUUUCUUAAUAUUUCGUGCUAGGUUAUAUAAAUAUUUGUUAAAUUUAUCUAAACAUCGAUUUCCCACUAUAUUUUCUCCCGCUUUGGAGAGAUAUUUCGUUGUUGUUUUAGCAUGCGAUGGAACAAACAUAUGGAAAAGAUCAAUCUAGACUUUAAAAUCUGAUCAAGAUGCAAAUAAAAUAGCCAGUAUAACUUAAUAAACUAAAAUAUAACUCUUUCUACCCAGAUUUUUUUAGACUUCGUGCGAGAAAAAAAGAUUUUGUCAAAGGAUAAUAACAUAAAAUUUCUACAAAUUUUGCCCGACAUUUACUUUCAUAUUUUUAAAGUUAAAAUCGAAAACUUGUAUAGGUUAUUUUGAGGCAACGAGGGGAUAUGUGAUUUAUUCACCGAGGCGCGUAGCGCCGAGGUGAAUAAACACAUAUCCCCGAGGUGCCUCAAAAUAACGUACUUAUUUUUCACACUGCGAG